CACAUGUGCCGUCCAAAUAAGUAAUCGAGCAGUCAAGCAUAAUUUAAUUGCAUAAUUAAUAAUUGUGAAGGGUAAUUUUCUGUUCACCCACCUACUUACCUAAACUACCGAUGGGAGCUAGGUUGUAGGUGGAGUGUCAUUAGUUAGGAUGGGCGGUUGUGGGAGUAUAAAAAUUAGUAGGUAAUUUGCCGGGCUGGUUUUUGUCGGCUCCAAAGAUUAGUCAGCAACGUUUCGAAUUUAAUUCUGAAACGUUGCGUUAAAAAACUGACAGACCCAGUCAACGUUUGUUGAGAAAUUUAUUUAGUCACACAGCUCAUUCUAGUUAUUUAAAGUCAUUGAACGAAAGGAUUAUCCGUCAUUAUCAAUCAGACAUUCAAUUUGUGGGUACUAUUACACUACUGCCAAUUAAUUUGAUCAGAGACUAACAAAAUGCCUCCAGAAUUCGAGAAUUCCUUUUCCAAGGAUAAAGUCUUGGAAGAAGAGGAGGAAAAGGUGGAUGCCAAUUCUGAUGACGAGGAGACGACAGACGAUCUCACCUCAGCGCUGGCAAAGAUUAAGAUUUCGCCAUCUACUACUUCAGGCUACAGUCCUGCCGAUAACAUUCCUGCCAAGUUUCUAAACCCAUUGGGGUUUGUCAACUACAAUCAUUUGGGUCAAUUCCCGUGGGGACCUGAAGACAACAUUGCCAUUUGUCCAGAAUUUACUCAAGUUACAGAUGUGCUCGGCCUAGAUUGCGAAAUGGUUGGGGUCGGACCGCUCCAAGAUAGCGAGCUGGGACGUGUAUCCGUCGUCAACGAGUAUGGAUUCUGUAUUUUCGACACUUUCGCCAAACCAGAGCAGGAAGUUACUGGCUAUCGAAGUGGCAAGAGUGGAAUCUAUCCGGAAAAUUUGGAAAACGCUCCUUCCGUAACUAAAGUGGUUCAACAAAUCCAAAAUCUCGUUGCUGGGAAAGUACUUGUUGGCCAUUCUAUUCACAACGACUUGGAAGUCCUCAGAAUCAAAGAUCAUCCGGAAACACGAGACACAGCAGUAUUCUUCAAGAAUAAACUUGGUCGAUUUGGAACUCCUUCUCUAAAAGUUUUAACCAAACGAUGCCUGAGUUAUGAAAUUCAAACAGGAGAUCAUUCAUCGAUUCAAGAUGCGCAAGCAACGCUCAAAUUAUUCUUAAACCACCGAGAAGAAUGGGAAAAGGAGUUGGAAGAGACACGUCAAGAUGCAAACUUGCCCUUCUUCAACUUAAUGUCUUCACCAAAACCAAUCAAAGACAUCAACAUUGAGCCUCGAGAAAACGACUUGAAUGUUGAAUCUGGUUCAAUCUUUGUACGAGAAAACAAAAUUAUUGGUGCGUAUGGAUCAAGCGGAGAAUACUUGGAUGUACAAUUUCGUCUCCUAUUGGAGGAUUUUUUGCGACCACUUCGUUUUGGCGUGAAAACCAUUCGAACCAAAGGGCAUCAACGCGUUCAAAUCAGUAGACUUUUCAGGGGUGCUCACAUGGUGCUAAGGAAUGGAGAAACUGAAAUGGAAGUAAAAAAGUAUGGAUCUAUACUGAUACCUAUGGUUCGAAAUAACUUGGUUGAUGUAGACUGGGACGAAUCAAAACUAUUCAUGAACGGAUCACUACUGCUCGUUUCUCCCGACAACUUUAAAUCCGUCAAGUUUGCAAUUAUAAAAAAUGGUCCCAGGAACUCAUCCAAUUCAAAUUCAUCCUUCACAAACGUGAAGGUGGACGUUCUAUUUUGCAAAGACGGUCCGAGCUGGGUCAUUGAUUCAACGACGAAUAAUUUUAAGAUUAUCGAGAGCCCCGCCUUCUUCGAGGCCUACCGUCACACCUUGUCAUACCUACAAGAGAUGCCCCUGGAUACUUUCCCCAUGAAACCAUACAUUGUUGACGCUGUAACCACACCAUCGCUCCCAAAAGUCAUGUGCACAUAUGGAACUACUAAAAAAUAUGACUUUCGAGUAUUUGUCGGCAACAGUCACCCGAAAAGAUUUGCAAAUCCCCUUGAUUUUGAAACUUGGCCGUCUCUCCAAGAUGUUGGAUUUGACCAUUCUCAGUAUGAAGCAUUCAAAAAUUCGUUGACUCAAAAACUGAGUAUUAUUCAAGGCCCUCCAGGCACAGGAAAAACCUUUAUCGGAGUAGAGACGAUAAAAUUUCUAUUAACAAAUCCAUGGCUUGUUCAAAAGUCCCCAAUUCUUGUUGUGGCAUAUACUAAUCACGCCCUUGAUCAGACGCUGGCUAAAGUUUUCAAAUUCAUGGUCGACAAUUUGUGCGAUGGCAAUGUGGCUAAGGCUGAACACCUAAUCUUGCGAGUAGGAGGUGGAUCAAAGUCAGAUGCUAUUCAGUCAUUGGUUUUGAAGUUCAAGAGGGAGAAAUUCGACGAAAAAAGGAAAUUGAAAAGAACCAUCGAAUGGCAAUCUUGUUUGGUUCAUCAACUGGGUGCAUCAGAAAUUUUAACUCUUACCCCAGGGUUAUUGAACUUCCAAAAUCUACCUCCAAUAAGCCUAAGCCAUUUUAUUGAAGCUGCUGGCGAAGUCUGGAACAAAUGGAAACUUGUCCAAAAUGCCAUUCAGGCGGAUCCUGUUGCCUGGUUCGGACUUCAGGACUUGGGUUUGCCCAGUCUCAGCACACUUAAGAAACCUUCAAUGGCAAAUUACAAUGGCAAAAAAAAGAAGAAUAGACCAAGUUUGUUUUAUUUCGAGUACCCAAAUCUACUAAAGAAGAUUGUAGAGAAACAUCCCAACUACAUCACUACAAACGGAGCUGGGCAAUUAGACAACCAUUUGCCUGACUUUAUCUUGUCAAAGAAGACUAAUGGAGUUGGUGAGGCGGAAUAUGUUGGCCGUUGGUCAUUCUACUUUUACCUUCUACGUCGCAUUAAAGUGGCUGUUGACAAGAUCAAAACAGAUCUGACCUGGAAUCAGAAGAACUACGAUGCUCUUAAGGACUAUCCCUCCGUGGCGGCUAGCAAAAAAUUGGCAUUGGUUUUGGGAAUGACGACCACAGGCGCAGUCAAAUAUAAACAAGAUAUUGUUUCUAAAUUAAAGCCGAAGAUCAUGUUUGUGGAAGAGGCUGCCCACGUUUUAGAGGCUCAUGUUGUAGCAUCAUUAACUGAACACUGCGAGCAGUUGAUAAUGAUUGGCGAUCAUCAACAGUUACGACCUAUGACUGCAGACCACGACAUGUCCUCCAAAUACCGCCUGGAUGUUUCGCUUAUGGAGCGUCUUGUUCGCAACGGAAUUGACCAAAAACAGCAAAAUUGGAUUCAACUGAAGAAUCAACACAGGAUGAGACCAGAAAUUGCGAGGAUGGUUUGUCCAGUUAUUUACCUGGAACUCUACAAUGAUGCGUCAGUCGAGAAGUAUCCUAAUGUUAAAGGAUCGCAGAAAAAUAUCUAUUUUGUAGAUCACCAUCACCCAGAGGCCAGGGAGAAGGGCUCGGCAAGUUUUCAUAACAAGGCUGAAAUUGACUUUGUUGCCACUUUGGUGAAGUAUUUUGUUCUAAUCAUGGGCUACAAGCCUUCCCAAAUUACUGUAAUUGCUACAUAUUUAGCUCAAAAAAUACAAAUUGAACAAAAACUAAACAACAUCAUGCUAUCCGCUAGGCAGGAUCGUGUUCUUGUGUCUACCGUGGAUGGAUAUCAAGGUGAAGAGAAUGAUAUUGUGAUUUUGUCACUCGUACGAAGCAAUGAUGACAACAAUAUCGGGUUCCUUAAAACGGACAAUCGCGUCUGCGUAGCCUUGUCAAGAGCAAGACAUGGAUUCUUCAUGAUUGGCAAUAUGAGUUGCUUAAAAGCUUCAUCCGACACUUGGGAUACGAUAAACAACACAUUAAUCGAAAUGGGGUGCAUCGGUGAUAAAAUUCCUCUUGGGAAUUCGAUUGAUCCUAAAAAAUUUUAUCGAUGCACACACAGUAAUGCCACCAGUGCUCCUUGCAAUCAAAACGUCUUUAGUGAAUGCAGUCACAAAACAGCCGUCAAGUGUCACACUGUGAACAAUAGACUGGAACGACCAAUCUGUAGUCAGAACUGUAGCCACAUAUUUGAUUGUGGACACCAAUGUCGUUUUCGUUGCCACGAAUUUGACUACGCCUCAAAGCAUCAAACCUAUAAAUGUCUCGAGAAAUGCAACCGUGUAUGUCCUGUUGCCGGCCAUCCGUGUACUCAUGGCCAUCACUGUUUCCAAAACUGCUUUGUCUACGAAGGUGUUGGUUGCCAAGUUCAAAUGAGUAUUAACUAUGCGUGUGGUCACAGGACAAUGGUUUCCUGUCACCGAUUUUCCACUCAAAUGACACAAAAUCACACACGUUGCCUAAAAUGUGUCAGGAAAAAUGGAAUAAGAAAUACAGCAGGCCAACGAAAUGGGAGGACAAACUGAAUAGUAUUUACUGAUUGAAUUAUAAUUGCCAGAUGGAAAAAGUCUUAGCAGUAUUCAAUUUAAAAGUCUGACUUAUGGUACCCAUUGCGUAUACAUACAUAUUGUUAGCACUUAGGCAUUAUUUUUCUUAUGGUGCAUAAUGGUGCAUUUUUGUGAUAAGAUGUAUAUAUUGCAAAGUGAAGAUCUGCAGCUACAUACAUACUCAUACUCAUGUGAUAUGAUGUGAUAUGAUGUGAAAUCAGAGGUCAAAGGCUUAAACAAAGUAUAAUAUAUUUCGUCGCAUAAUUAAGGCGAAGUAUCAUCAAAAGCAUGUAGAAUAUGUGGCGUCAAUUAGUUAAUCAGUAAAAUAUUUUUAUACUAUGUAUAUAUUAUAUUUUGGUUAUGUGACACAGAAACUUGUACACGUGAUGCUAUAAAUUGCCAAAAACACAGAACAAACAUGACAUUUAAAAUGAUAUAAUUAGUAAUUUAGUAAUAUUAUUAUAUUUUUAAAGUUAUUUUCCCAACUGUCGUAUUUAUGUAUGCAGGUACGGAGAACUUUAAUAAAUAAAUCUUACAAUUUAAUUAUUAAAGUUUAA